UCUGUCAGUGUCCUGCAAACGCAUUUUUCUUCAGAUAUCAACUCACCCUUCAUCAUGGCAGACUCUACUAAUUCUCCAGAAUACGUUACCCUUGUAAGCAGUGACGGGUUCGAAUUUAUCAUCCACAGAGAGGCUGCCAUGCGGUCAGGCACCAUCAAGAACAUGUUAACCGGACCAGUACAAUUUAGGGAAUCCAUCGAAAAUCGAAUUCCCUUUCGUGAUAUAAAAGGCGUGAUUUUGGAAAUCGUGUGUCGAUACCUAUACUACAAGUGGCAAUAUGAAGGCUCUACGACGGAGAUUCCUGAAUUCAAGAUUGACCCAGAAGUGGUUCUCGAAACGUUGAUGACGGCCGAUUUCCUCGAAUGCUAACUCUUACAUAUGCAUACACACCAUAUCCAACUAUUUUUUAUCAGAACACAAAUACAAAUGGGA